GAAAAAAGAAAAACAACAGUAAAAAUAUGUACGUGGUCCGCAGAUAAAAAGUUUUACUUUCGUAUAUGCAUUUUUAAUUGCCAAAAACGCAGUUAUUUUAUAUUUAAAAUAUACAUCAUUCUUAUCAUUCAACAUAAAACAACAUUAUUUUGUAUAAAUUACGAAAACUUUGGUGAAAAACAAGUUAAAACGUAACAUUAAUUCAGUAAGAAAAAAAAAAUUUCUAAGCGCGCAUGAAAGCCAAAUAGCUAAAAUGAAUUCAAGCAGAACGGCUGCCUUGGGGUCAGCAUCAAAAUUGCCAGGACCACCGAUAAACCCACUCGUUGAAAACUCCGAUGAACCACUUCCAAGUCUAUCAGACUUGCAUGAUUUUGAACCUAAGUUAGAGUUCGAUGAUACUGAACUUUUAACACAAUCUCCUAUACCUAAAGAUGUCAUGGUGGAUGACUUUGUUUUAACUGCUGGAGAAGAACCAGAAGAAGUUGAAAUAGAGAAUCCUCUGGAGGACAAUGAUUUUGAAGAUCAACUGAAAGAGCAAUCAGAAAGUUUUACCACAAACAGAACAAAAUGUGAUUUCCUUGGUACAGACAAACAAGGUCAACAUAUAUUUGGCAUUUAUGCAUCACGUUUUCCCGAAAAGAAUCAAAUGGAGAAAUUUAUUCGGGAACUUAUAAAGGAAAUUGAACCAUAUGUCGAAAAUGAUUACAUCCUAGUAUACUUCCAUCAAGGACUAAAGGAUGAGAAUAAACCUUCAGCGCAAUUUCUAUGGAAUUCCUAUAAAGAACUCGAUAGAAAUUUUAGGAAAAAUCUCAAAAAUCUUUACGUCGUUCAUCCGACUUGGUUUAUUCGAGUUAUAUGGAAUUUCUUCCGCCCAUUUAUAAGUGAUAAAUUUCGCAGAAAGCUUGUAUAUAUUUCUACGCUGGACGAGUUACGACAAGCAUUAGGUCUAACCAAGCUUAAAUUACCCGAUAACAUUUGUGAGUUUGAUGAUAAACUUUAUUCAAAUCGUCGUGCUGCACCUACAAGUGUGACAGAUGGUUCUAUGAACAAAACAGCACAAUUUGGUGUUCCAUUAAAGUUUAUCACACAAAAUAGCCCGUGCUUAAAUUCUAUCCCACCGAUUGUUCGCAAAUGUGUUGAUUCACUUUCGAUGACAGGUGUUAUUGAUACUGAAGGAAUUUUUAGAAGAUCUGGCAAUUAUACCGAGAUCAAUGACCUCAAGGUGAGAGUUAAUCGUGGUGAGGAGGUCGAUUUGAAAGAUGUUAAUGUACACGUAAUAGCUGGGUUACUUAAAUCAUUUCUGAGAGAUCUCAGUGAGCCAUUGUUAACGUAUGAACUCUAUGAAGACAUCACUAGUUUCUUAGAUUGGCCAAAAGAGGAACGAUCAAGAAACGUAACGCAACUUAUCAGAGAAAAGCUGCCCGAGGAGAAUUAUGAACUCUUUAAAUAUUUAGUAGAGUUUUUGGUUAAGGUAAUGGACUGCGAGGAUCUUAACAAGAUGACUUCUUCCAAUCUGGCAAUCGUUUUUGGGCCCAAUCUAAUCUGGUCAAGACAUGCACAAAUGUCAUUAGAAGAAAUAAAUCCAAUCAAUGCAUUCGUAGACUUUGUGUUACAAAAUCACAAAGAUAUCUAUUUGGUCGACAUUAAUAAAAAAGCGUCACCAAUAGAUUAACCUAGGCUUUUAUAAUUACUUUACAAUUAUUAUGCGUUCUUUUCCUCGUAUUUUUAUUAUUCUAUCCUUAAUUCUCAUAAUUUAUAUUAAUCUUUUUUUGUUGUCUCUUUAUUUUUUUAAUUAACUACCAAAGAGAAAUAUUUUUUAAAGUUUGCACACUUCAAUUUUGGGAAUUACAAUUUUUCAAAAAAAUUAACUUUCCUUUUUUUUUGUUUUUUGUUUGGGUUAUAGAAAAUAGAAUAUUCAAAAAAUCAAUCUGCACACAAAUUUUUCUCUCAAAUAUACCACUGAAAUCUCAUAAAUUAUACUAGGUAGAGAUUCAUGAACAAAAAAACAUGUAAAAUGAAAAAAAAAAAACUAAUAACAAAGAAAAUAUUCCUUUUCAUAAAUAUCACACUCCGCACAUGUUCAUAAAAAAAAUACUUCUGCUCAACAUGUGAGGUGAAACUUCUUCCUCUUUUUAUUUACAAACUGAACUGUUAACAAAUUACCGAUUUUUUUUAGAAACUUAAUAAAUAUAUAUAUUUUAAUAAACUUUAACACAUGCUGGAAGAGCACAAUGUUUUACUAAAAUUUUUAAACAAAAAAACAACGUGGUUACAAUCCAAAAGUAAUGUUUUUUUUUCCAUAGUAUGUUUGUUUUUUACAUAAAUAUACGAUUGUAUUGAAAAAAAUAUUUCCUAAAAAACAUUAUUAAACUUAAAGUAAGAAAUAACAUGUAAAAUAAUAUUCAAAAUAAAAUAUUUGUUAUUAAAAGAA